AUGGAAACCUUAGAACACACCAACAAACUCAUACGGGGGAGAAACCAUUUAAAUGUAUUGAUUGUGGAAAGUGCUUCAGUAGAAUUGAACACUUUAGAACACACCAACGAACUCACACAGGGGAGAAACCAUUUAAAUGUAUUGAAUGUGGAAAGAGCUUCAGUCAGUUUGGAAACCUUAGAACACACCAACGAACUCAUACGGGGGAGAAACCAUUUAAAUGUAUUGAUUGUGGAAAGUGCUUCAGUAGAAUUGAACACUUUAGAAUACAUCAACGAACUCACACAGAGAAACCCUUUAAAUGUAUUGAAUGUGGAAAGAGCUUCAGUGGAAGUGGACACCUUAGAAUGCAUCAAGGAACUCACACGGGGGAGAAACCAUUUGAAUGUAUUGAAUGUGGAAAGAGCUUCAGUCAAAGUGGAUCACUUAGAAGACAUCAACGAACUCACACAGGGGAGAAACCCUUUAAAUGUAUUGAAUGUGGAAAGAGCUUCAGUGAAAGGGGAAACCUUAGAACACACCAACGAACUCACACGGGGGAGAAAUCAUUUGAAUGUAUUGAAUGUGGAAAGAGCUUCAUUCAAUGUGGAAACCUUAGAAUACAUCAACGAACUCACACGGAGAAACCCUGUAAAUGUAUUGAAUGUGGAAAGAGCUUCAGUGAAAGGGGAAACCUUAGAACACACCAACGAACUCACACGGGGGAGAAACCAUUUAAAUGUAUUGAUUGUGGAAAGAGCUUCAGUGAAAGUGGAGCACUUAGAAAACAUCAACGAACUCACACGGGCGAGAAACCAUUUAAAUGUAUUGAAUGUGGAAAAAGCUUCAGUGGAAGUGGACACCUUAGAACGCAUCAAGGAACUCACACGGGGGAGAAACCAUUUGAAUGUAUUGAAUGUGGAAAGAGCUUCAGUACAAGUGGAACCUUUAGAAUACAUCAACGAACUCACACGGGUGAGAAACCAUUUGAAUGUAUUGAAUGUGGAAAGAGCUUCAGUACAAGUGGAAACCUUAGAACACACCAACGAACUCACACGGGGGAGAAACCAUUUGAAUGUAUUGAAUGUGGAAAGAGCUUCAGUCAGUAUGGAAACCUUAGAACACACCAACGAACUCAUACGGGGGAGAAACCAUUUAAAUGUAUUGAUUGUGGAAAGUGCUUCAGUAGAAUUGAACACUUUAGAACACACCAACGAACUCACACAGGGGAGAAACCAUUUAAAUGUAUUGACUGUGGAAAGAGCUUCAGUGAAAGGGGAAACCUUAGAACACAUCAACGAACUCAUACGGGGGAGAAACCAUUUAAAUGUAUUGAUUGUGGAAAGUGCUUCAGUAGAAUUGAACACUUUAGAACACACCAACGAAUUCACACAGGGGAGAAACCAUUUAAAUGUAUUGAAUGUGGAAAGAGCUUCAGUGGAAGUGGAUCACUUAGAAAACAUCAACGGACUCACACGGGGGAGAAACCAUAUAAAUGUAUUGAAUGUGGAAAGAGCUUCAGUGGAAGUGGAUCACUUAGAAAACAUCAACGGACUCACACUGGGAAGAAGCCAUUUAAACGUAUUGAAUGUUGAAAGAGCUUCAUUGAAAAGGAACACCUUAGGAAAAAUCAGCUAA